AUGCAAAGCAAGCUUGAGAAGGUGGUAGCGGGUCUGAAGACAGGACCUAGAUUCCUGAAGGAGCUGCGGGAGUUUGAUAACCUAGUCAAGGCUAUCGGGGAAUGCAAGUCCAAGGCGGAGGAAGACCGCGUUAUCAGUCAGGAGGUGGAGCUGUUGAAACAACGCUUGAGCGAUCCCAAGCUGGACAAAAGCCGGGGGAAGGAGUAUAUGGUCCGCCUUAUGUACUGUGACAUCCUGGGCCACGAUACUAGUUUUGCGUACGUUAAAGCUCUGCAAUUCGCCAGUGACUCCAACAUCCACACCAAGAAGGCCGCAUACCUGGCUCUGACCCAGUUUCUGGACUACAACAACAACCUCGUGUUGCUGCUGGUUAAUACGCUGCUCUUGGACAUGAAGUCCGACAACUACCUGAUAGUCUGUACGGCGCUGGUGGCGGCCACACGGCUUAUUGGCCCUGACCUGGUCAACGCGGUGUACCCUGUGGUGGUGGAGCGAUUGCGUCACCCCAAUGAGCACGUGCGGAAAAAGGCGGUCAUGGCGCUGCAUUGGUUCGGCCAGCUGGACCCGCGCCGCGAGGGGGCGCUGGCAGGGGUGGAGCUUGAGAAGCACUUCCGGACCAUGUUGUGCGACAAGGCACAGGUCGCAUGGGAACCGGGGGGGACACACGGGCGGGGUGUUGCGCAGGACCCCUCAGUAAUGAGCGCCGCCCUAUGUGCGCUGCACGACUGCAUCAAGCUGGACCCACGGCCAUACAAGAACCUCAUACCCUCCUUCACCAGCAUUCUAAAGCAGGUUUCGGAGCAUCGGCUGCCCAAGACCUACGACUACCACCGCUUCCCGGCACCUUUCAUCCAGAUCAAGCUGCUAAAGAUACUGGCGGCGCUGGGUGCGGGCGACCGCUCCGCCGCCGAGAAUAUGGCGGCGGUGCUACACCAAACUCUUCGGCGAGCCAACACCAGCCACACCAUUGGCUCCGCCAUCAUCUACGAGUGCGUCCGCACAAUCACCACCAUCUACCCCAACCCGCAGCUGCUGGCAGCAGCCGCGGAGAGUAUUGCGACGUUCCUCCGCUCCACCUCACACAACCUGCGCUAUGUGGGUAUUGAUGCGCUGGCCGGCAUCACGGCGCUCAACCCCUCCGCGGCGGCGGAGCACCAGGUGGCGGUGCUGGACUGCCUGGAGGACCCGGACGACACCCUAAAGCUGAAAACGCUUGAGCUGCUGUACAAGAUGACGAAGGCCAACAACAUCCAGGCAGGCCACGGAGCCGGCACGCGUUGGGGGUUGGUCAUUGUGGAUAAGAUGAUGGGCUACCUAGGCAGCUGCACCGAUGAGCACAUCCGCAAGGAUAUCGUGCGCAAGGUGUGUGACCUGGCGGAGCGCUACGCCCCCUCACCCGCCUGGUUCGUGACCACCAUCAGCGAGGUCUUCCGACUGGGAGGCGAGCAUGUGGAUGAAGCGGAUGGCAACCGGCUGGUCAGGCUCAUAGCGGAGCAGGACGCCUCGCUGCACACCUCGGCUGUGGAGGCCUACCUGCAGCUGUUGGAUGGGGAGAGCGCUGCGGCAACUGCGGCCCCCGUUGGUGGGGGUGGGGGUGGCGCGGUGCCGCCGCCGAAGGGAGCACGGCGGAAGAAAUUGCCGGAGAGCAUUUUGCUGGUCAUCUGCUGGGUGCUGGGGGAGUUCGGCCACCUUGCCCGUCGCCCUCCACUCGCCGUCCUGAGCCGCCUGGUGGGCAUUCUCACAGCCCACAAGGCUGCCUCGGACCGCCUGCGUGGCUGCCUACUCACCGCAUUGGCCAAGCUGGCAGCGCACACGGGCGGCGCGGCCGGACCGGUGGGGCAGGCGUUGCUGCAGAAGCAGGGAUCCCAUCACAACGCGGAUGGCGGCGGGGCGGCGGAGGUUGCGGAGCUGGUGCACAAGUGCUUGAACAGUCAAAGCUUGGAGCUGCAGCAGCGCGCGCAUGAGCUGCAGGCGCUGCUGGGCUGCUCCCCCGCAGUGCUAGCGGCCGCACUGCCCGUGGACGCCUCCUGCGAGGAUUUCAGUCCUCAGGACCUGGAGCAGGUGGCGACAUUGCCCUUCCUGGAGGGACACGUGGCGCGGGCGCUGGCGGCGGGUGCGGCGCCGUACCUGCCGCCGGAGGCGCGCGGCGCUCGUGCGGCGGAUGGCGCAUCGAAGGGCCUGCGUUUCGAGGCAUAUGAGCCAGCCCCGUACGCCAUCCCCCUCGCGGCCGCUUCAACCUCUUACGCCGCCGCCAGCGUUCACGAUACGCGGUCCAGCUCGGCGGCGACCGCAGCCCCGGCGGCCGGUGGCGGAGCGGGACCCGCGGCGCCGCAGUCCGCACCAUCUUUUGCGGAGCCCCAGCUCAUGAUUAAAACGACCGGAGGCCGCAAGUGGGGACCGGCGCAAUACGAGACAGCGGACUACGGUGGGACGUCGACGUCAUCAAGCCACGGCGCACCGGCGGCAACAGCGCCGGCGGCAGUGGCGGGGGCGGCGCUGUCCAAAAGCGGCGGUACUCACCAUUCCCGUAGCGGCUCCGCUGCCAGCUUGACGAGCCAGGCGCCGUCAGAACGGGAACGACUGGCGGCGUCGCUCUUUGGCGGAGGCAGCGGAGGCAGUGGUACGACAGUAAUUUCGAAGCCAGCGCCUGCGGGGCAGAGGCAAGUGAAUGGCGGGGCCGCUGUUGCAACUGCGGCAGUGGGGCCGCCGCCGCCGCAGCAACGCAAUCCCAUGGACUUGUUGCUGGACUUGGAUGUGCCAACGCCGCCGCCGCCGCAGCGGCCAGCGGGUACGGCGACGGCGGGACCCCCGGGUCAGGGUAUAACGCCACCGCAGCUGGGAGGUGACUGGAUGGACUCAUUACUGCAUGCCCCUGCUGGGCCUGCGCCGCCGGCGUCAUCGUCGCUGGCCGGCUUGGAGCCCGCCAGAGGCGGCGUGGGGUCGUUCCUUGGGCCGGCGACCGUAUCCAACGGCGCCGGCGCCAUGAUGUACGGCAUGAUGCAACCGCUUGCGCCGCCGCAACAGCAGCCCGGUGGCAUGCCUCCGGUGAUGGGUAUGAGCGGGGGGAUGGGCUUGAAUGUGGGUAUGGUACCUCCCCCAGGCGGCAUCAUGUCCCCGGCACCGGGGCAUGGGCCGGGACUGGGCAUUGGGAUGGUAGGAGGCCCCGGGGCCUACGGCGCAGCGAUGCCGCUGCAGCCACAGCCACAAGGGUGGCAGUCACAGCAGCAGCAGCCGAUGUCCGGUGUGAUGGGCGGAGGUAUGGGCCUGGCUGCAGCACCGGCGGCAGCCCGUGGACCUCAACCGUUACCACUACAAUCGCAACGCCAGGCGGAUCCGUUUGGAGAUUUGUUGGGUUGA